UCCCAGGCGAGGCGGCUAUAUGGUAUGUUGGCGAGGCCACAAUGGACAAGGCACCCGCUAAACAUGAAUAUAACACAUUCAUCCUCGGGUUCAUAGGUCAAGCCGAAGGAUAUCCCUAUAUAUAUGUCUAUCAUAUCGUUUCUGCCGCUGUUCGUAUUCUUUUGUCACAAACCAACUCAAGCCAUUAAUAGACGGCGCAUGUCCAAGCUUACAAGACAUGCACCUGAAUAUUCCAAUUCUUCGAAAAUUAGUGCUAAAAUGAAACCCUCUAGCUUCCCUCAUCAACAAUGUUACAUGGAUGCGAGUGCCCAUCAUUUUCGAUGUAGUUACCCGGCUUAUACCAAAUUGAACACAGGUAGUUGAGCUUCGCCCAAGUAGUCAAAGGCCAUGUCCAGUGUUCUUUGUCAAGCGUAGGGUACGAUACUGAUGGGUUAGAAGAUAGUAAAAGUAUGUCAGAGGA